UUGCUCGCCGGAGCCGUAACGUGCAGCGCUUCAUGUGAGCGGUGUCGGCGCCUAAGGCGCUGCGGUCUUGGACGUCGAGUGCUCGGGGUGAAUCAGCUGAAAUGUCGGACAUCAAGGCGUUGGAGCACCCUACUCUCAAGGUGCCGUACGAGAUCCUGAACAAAAAGUUUCGAGCGGCCCAAAAGACCAUGGAUCGAGAGGUGUCGCAUGUGCAGAGCGGGGCAGCCGAGUUGGAAAAAAGCCUUCGAGAGAAGGCGCCCGCUGGUCAGCUGCGCAGUCAACUCGGCAGCUUGCUGGAGAAACUGGAGCUGCUUCGGCGUAAGAGCGCCGAGAGCAUCACCGAAGAGUUAGAAGCCGCGGCGGCUUGCAAGCGACGCGUCGAACACCUCAAGGGCUUCGAGGCAGGUGGCGAGCAAUGGAAGCGACAACGUCUCGACCGCAUGCUCGUGGAGCACUUACUGCGCGCUGGCUAUUACGGCACGGCGGCGAAACUUGCAGAGCGCAGUGGGCUGCGCGACCUCACAAAUAUGGACCUAUUCCUCGUUUCGAAGGAGGUUGAGGAUUCGCUGGCAAGCCGCGACACCAGCAAGUGCCUGGCCUGGUGUCACGACAACAAGUCAAAGCUGCGCAAGUUGCGCAGCACACUCGAGUUCCAGUUGCGGCAGCAAGAGUUCGUCGAGCUCGUGCGUCGCGACCGGCGCCUCGAGGCCGUGCGGCACGCGCGGCGUCACUUCGGCGCGUUGGAAGACGAGGCACAACUGGCCGAGGUACAGCGUGUGAUGAGCCUUCUGGCGCUGCCCGGUGCGCGUCCACCCGACGGCCGCUGGGAACUGUUGGGCGACAGCCGCUGGGAGCUGCUGGCCGAUAGUCGCUGGGACCUGCUAGUGCAACAGUUCCGCCAGGAGCAGCUGCGUUUGUACCAGCUGAGUAGCUGUUCGGUGCUGACAGUGGCCCUGCAGGCCGGCCUUUCGGCUCUCAAGACGCCGCAGUGCUACGACGAGAACCAGCGCAACCCGGACUGCCCUGUGUGCAGCCGUGCGCUCAACUGUCUUGCGCGGGGUCUUCCGUACGCACAUUGCUCGCAGUCGCGCCUCGUCUGUCGCAUCUCGGGCCAGCCACUCAACGAGCACAACCAACCGCUUGUGCUGCCCAACGGCUUCGUAUACGGCGAGCAGGCACUGCGCGCGGUCGCCCGUCGCGGACGUGUAACUUGUCCACGUUCUCGCGACUCCUUCGAUUUGCGGGAAGCCGAGAAGGUGUACGUCAUGUGAGGACUCAGCCCAGCAUACGCUGAUGCUCGUCACAUAUUCAUAAAGCAGUGGCUGCUUUUAAACUUGCUGCACAAAAAGGUGAAACUGCAUUAAUGUGCACAUUCAGGACAGUACAAAUCCCGGUUGUACCUCAAACAUCUUGUUCUCAUUGAUGACUGCAUACAAAAAAAAUAUUUGUAUAACAAAGUGGCGUGCAAGCAAAAGUGCCUACAGUGUGCAAAGAUGGACAUCUUGUAACAAAAAACAACAAAGAAAACGGCGCAUUUAUGGUAUGCGCAUUCAGUUUAAUUGGUGACUAAGCUCUGUGCGAGCACUUAUUCGUAUUGCGCUGUCACUGUGGCCAAACCCCAGUGGAGAAUAAUGCUUGGCCAAGUAUGAAACUAGCAUUGUCACAUGUAGUUGGAACUAGGCCAAGCGCAUUCUGAUCGAAAUGUGGGUGGCCUUGCACGAGCAUAUUUGCAGACUUGUGCAAGCUGCUCUGUGUGCUGUAUUUGGUUAUGCUAUGUAUUAUUAUAGCAUCUGUAUCCAGAUCCAUGUUUAUUUCAUUAAAGUUUGGCUGCCGCUGC